AUCAUAACGACGAGGCAUAAGAUUGUGGAAACAAGACCAGCAUUUUUACGAGCGAGCUUCACCAGGAAGACGAGAUGAAACAGAAUCGGAUGGUGUUCGUGACAGUGGGAUCUACGCUCUUCGAUGCUCUGGUGGAGGCUGUGUGCAAGCGAGAGUGUUUGCUGACAUUGCGCAAACUCGGAUACACUUCUCUCGUUAUCCAGCUCGGCAAGGGCAAAUUCGUUCCUGACAAGUCGGCAGGUGAAGCGGAAGAUAUCGAGAUAGAACAUUUCCCCUACAAACCCAACCUCGCAGAGUAUCUCGGCAAGGCGGAUCUCGUCAUAAGUCACGCAGGAUCUGGGAGUAUUUUUGAAACCUUGCGAGCCCAGCGGCCGCUGGUUGUUGUGGUGAACACACUGCUCAUGGACAAUCACCAGAGCGAGUUGGCGGAUGAGCUCGCAGAGAGAAAGUAUCUCUACACUGCCAGUCCGGAGAAGUUGGUGGACACUCUGAGGACAAUGAAGCUAGAGACUCUGGUGCCAUACCCUUCCUCCGAACCUUCUGCUCUUGUCAAAACCCUCGAUCAAUUUCUGGGCUUUGCACCGAGUAUCAGAUCUGUUUCGGACCACCGGUAAGACAACGUGCUCGCAUGGAAAUCGGUGGCGUUUCUCAUCCCUCGAACAAGGGAAGGAAUGAGAAAUAAUCUGGUCCAUCCAUAUGCUCCCCAAUCUGCUGCCGGCCAGGAAACAUUGGUGUAGUCGGGACGCCGGGAAUGCUGUUUGGAGCACUCAAUUAGAAAUCGGACUCUCUUGCCUGUGCAUACAUUCCUGUUACAGAGUUCGAGCUGGAGUUGCAUAACUAAUGAAAGUGGAAAUGAAGUUCGUCCUGGAGGAGAGUGAUCGUCCGUGCUUCGUUUCUGCUGCACUUUCUGGCUGGCCGAUGCUGCCUGGAGGAUAAUUAGUUGCAACCCUUGGAGGACCAGUUCUUCUCUUACCAUCUAAAUACACUACAAAGUAGCAACUUUUAGGAGCACAGUGUCCUUGGUAGAAAAAGAUCAGAUCAGCUGGCGUCUUAUCCAAGCCGAAAUCACUUCAACCGCAUUCAAUUGGAAACUGUGCCGUGGGGUUUGGCAGAAGCUACUCUGAGGUUGGGCUCAUUCCCUGACUUAGGGCUCAGGAUCGGAAUAGGUGCACCCACCUGUCUCCGGGGCAGCGAAAGGAGAGUCCUGCAUGCGGUCAGGCCUGCUUGGACUGCUCUGUAAUUUGUAUCCGUGUGAAAUGGAUCGGAAAUUUAUCACCGAUAGUGUUUUGAG